AUGUUUAAGGAUUUUUUAGAGUCUCUGAAACCUCAAGAUUUAUUUUAUUAUUUUGAUACUAUUUCCGUUAAAUCAGUGCCUCACUUUGAGCUGGUGUGGGUGAAUUGCUCAGGGAAUGAAUCUUUCAGAGGGCUAUGGAGGUGCUCGUUUCAGAGUGAUGGAGAGAGCUUUGAGCUGGGCCAACACAGAAAUGAACAACCCAUGUCCUGUCCCACGAGUCUGGAGACGGUGAUCAACUCAACGGUGAGCGUGGUGAAGAAAAGGGAGGAUAUGUGCUGCGAGCAGCUGAAGUUACUGAGACCAGCGCAUACGAGAACUCUUCUCCCCAUCUGCCAUGGCAAAUUACAAGGUCUGAUUCAGUCAGGGGAGAAGAGGCUGAAUAUUAGGCCGGUGCUUCAAAAACACAUAGACCAUCUGAAGGAGCUUACUAUGGAUUUACCUUCUGGUGUACCUCACCUGCUAUUAACCCACACAUUACCAGUGAGGACACAUCUUAAACAGCCUAAGAGUCAGUUCAGGUUACGGAGGACACCUCUGGGGUCAGAGGUCACACAUCUGGAGCUAGCAGUGGUGGUGGGUCCAGAUGUCUAUGAUGCUCAUAGGCAAGACACUGAGAGAUACAUCCUAACCAACCUCAACAUCAUAUGUGCCUCUGAGCUUCUUAGAGAUGUUACUCUCGGUGCCAAUAUAAGAGUUCAUCUUGUCCGUAUGGUCAUUCUCACAGAGCCAAAGCCAGACAUCCAGAUCUCCGAAAACAUCACUUCUUCUCUAAAAAGUGUGUGCGAGUGGGGUCAGAAGGUCAACGCUGAUGCUGACACUGACCCUUUACAUGCAGAUCUGCUGUUAUACAUUAACAGGUUUGAUCUGGUGUUACCUAAUGGGAAUAAGCUUGUGAGAGGUGUGACCCAGCUGGGCGGAGUCUGUUCCUCUCAAUGGAACUGUGUGAUUACAGAGGAUACAGGCUUUGAUCUUGGCAUCACCAUCGCUCAUGAGAUUGGCCACAGUUUUGGCAUAAAUCAUGAUGGAAUAGACAACACAUGCAGCUCCAGUGGGUUUAUGAUGGCAUCUGAUGGAGGUUAUAACAGUGUUGAUCUCACAUGGUCCCAGUGCAGCAGAGCUCAGCUCCACAACUUCUUCAGUGCUGGGAAGGCGGAGUGUGUGAAGGAUGUGCCGGUGCUGGGCGCUUCAGUGCAGGACUGGAGGCCUGGUCUCUUCUAUGGAGUGGAUGAUCAGUGCCGUAUAGCGUUUGGCAGCUCGGCUACUGCUUGCUCUUUCACUAAUGGUGAUAUGGCGAGUAAGACAUUUACUGCCAUGCUAGCAACCUGUCAUGUUUUGUCCUGCCAUAUCAACCCUCGGGACCGUAGCUCAUGCACUCGUCUCCUUGUUCCACUCUUGGACGGGACGGAGUGUGGGCCCAGUCAGCCCUGUGAGUCGACUCAGCUGGAGUUCAUGUCUCAGCAGUGCUCAGCCACAGACCAGCAGCCUCUGUCGGUGUCUCCAGACUCCAGCUCAGUCUACACCUGGAUCCCUGCUGUCGGCUACAGCUCAGGUGAUGCUCAGUGUAAACUGUUGUGUCGCUCACGUGAGCAGGACUUCAUGGUGAGUCGUGGGUCUCAGUUCAUCGAUGGGACGCGGUGUGAAGCUGGUCAUACUCCCUGUGAGUCGACUCAGCUGGAGUUCAUGUCUCAGCAGUGCUCAGCCACAGACCAGCAGCCUCUGUCGGUGUCUCCAGACUCCAGCUCAGUCUACACCUGGAUCCCUGCUGUCGGCCACAGCUCAGGUGAUGCUCAGUGUAAACUGUUGUGUCGCUCACGUGAGCAGGACUUCAUGGUGAGUCGUGGGUCUCAGUUCAUCGAUGGGACGCGGUGUGAAGCUGGUCAUACUGUACCACGUGGUUUCAUUUCUGCCUGUCUGGGUAGAAAGUGCCAGUCCUGUGAGUCGACUCAGCUGGAGUUCAUGUCUCAGCAGUGCUCAGCCACAGACCAGCAGCCUCUGUCGGUGUCUCCAGACUCCAGCUCAGUCUACACCUGGAUCCCUGCUGUCGGCCACAGCUCAGGUGAUGCUCAGUGUAAACUGAUGUGUCGCUCACGUGAGCAGGACUUCAUGGUGAGUCGUGGGUCUCAGUUCAUCGAUGGGACGCGGUGUGAAGCUGGUCAUACUGUACCACGUGGUUUCAUUUCUGCCUGUCUGGGUAGAAAGUGCCAGCUGUUUGGCUGUGAUGGAGUAAUGCAUUCUGGGAAGGUGGAGGAUGUGUGUGGGGUGUGUGGGGGUAAUGGCUCCACCUGUCAGUUCAUCUCAAACACCUAUUCAGGCGGAGAAGCUGGAGAGUAUGUCACAUUCCUCAGUCUUCCCCUGAACGCCUCUCAGGUCCAUGUGAUUAACACGAAGCCGGUUUUUACACACCUUGCGGUGUUAUCAAAUGAUAAAUAUGUGGUGUCUGGAGAUGGAAGCCCAGGCCUGAGCAUCACAUACCCCUCACCUCUGGAGAAGAGCCCCAUAAUCUAUAACCUGUUCCUCACACCUGACCACCUGCCUCAAACUGAAGAGCUCACGAUCUCUGGACCAAUCACAGACAAAAUCCACAUACAGGUGUUUCGGAAAUACGGGCAAGAGUAUGGAGACCUUACCACCCCAAACAUCUCAUACCAGUACUACUCAUCUGAAGCUGUUUCAGUUGAGAGAGCUUCUGAAGGCAGAUGGUCCACUGUCAUAUCUGCAUGCUCAGUCACCUGCGGCACAGGCAUCCAGAAAAUCAGUCAGCUCUGUGUGGAUGGUCUCACGCUCAAGAGUCUGGAAGAUGAGCUCUGUAGUUCACCCCCUCGAACACCAUAUCAGCUGCAGCCCUGCUUCCAGCCCGACUGCCCACCCAGCUGGGAGGUCGGUGAGUUUGGACCCUGCAGCGCGGCAGAGCAAGUGCGCUCUGUCACAUGUGUUCAGAAGCAGGGUAAGGUGAAAGUAGAGCUGCCUGACUCAGACUGUACGCUUGACUCGAAACCCCAAACUACUGUUGCUACAGAGCUACCUACCCAGCUGAUCCGUACAGACACCCACAUAAUGCCCCGCUCCAGAAUGGUUCCAGUUUAUGUUUGGAGUCCUGUGAUUGGCCAGUGCUCAAAGACCUGUGGGAAUGGAUCUCAGCAGGUUUGGUUCUCCUGUGUGGAUCACCAAUCACGUCUUGAAGUCCCAGAGUUCCUUUGUGAUCGUACCAAUAAACCAGAGAUGUACGCCCAGCCCUGCAGCCUAUCAAUAUGUCCUGCUACGUGGCGCUACAUACAGGGCCCAUGCAGUGUGUCUUGUGGAGGUGGUGUAGCAAAGAGAGUCCUGUACUGUUCCCAGAUGGUGCAGGGAGGAGACGGAAACACGGAUCUGGUGGUGGGAGAAUCUGCUUGUCAGUCUGUGGCUAGACCUUCAGAGGUGGUGGAGUGUAAUACUGAAGCCUGUCCUACCAGGUGGCAGGUGGGAGAGCAGGGUGACUGUUCGGUGUCAUGCGGGAUGGGUGUAGCUGUGAGGAGUGUGCGAUGUGUUCAGUAUGAAGGAGGAAUAGAGAGGGUCAUGGAGGAGGGCCGGUGUGACCCAGGAAACAAGCCUCCCGUCACUGCACCAUGCUUCACACAAGUCUGUUCCUUCCACUGGGACGUGCAUGAAUGGAGUGAGUGCUCAGUGUCAUGUGGUGAUGGGAUCCAGUCUCGGACCGUGUCCUGCAUGGGCCCAUCCAGCCCUCUUCCUGUCAGUCCCUUUCUUUGCCUCCACUUGCCAAAACCCAUCACCAUCCAGGCCUGCUAUAGCCCUGACUGUUCCUCAGCUCAGACCUCCACACCAGAGCCCAACAGCACUCACAUGCAGUCAGAGGCCCGGAGAGGAGAGGGGACACAGAGAACCACACCAGCUCCAGCUGUCAGAAUGAUGAAGAUGAGGAAGAGUUUCUCAGCCAUCGUGCCUACAGCAGACGUGAUGAGAAGCACCAUGAGCACAACAACAGAACCACCACAGACCAGUUUCUGUGGGCAACUCCUGCUUCAAGACUCAGGAACUAUCGAUCUGCGCAACGUCACUCAGGCCAGGUGUAUAUUUGCUAUUGGCCGACCUCUUGAUGAGGUUAUUCAGAUCAAAAUCAUAUCCAGCACUCUUAACUGCCGGCAGAAGGAGAACAUCGCCCUGUAUGACAGACUCAUCCUGAUGCGUCUCUGUGAGAGAAUGACCAGUAAAACGCUGAAAUCACAAUCAAAUGUCCUACUGGUGCGUCAGAGCCGCCUGACCCCCGGCAAUGGAGUGCUGCUAUUUUAUCAGAGCAUAAAGAACAAAAAAAGCCACCAUGGAGAGUGUGACGUUCAGCUGUUCUCUCCGUCUGGGCUCAUUGAGAAUCCGAUCAAGAGCGCAGCCACCUCUAACACUCAGAGCUGUCGCGUGUUCAUCGAUGCUCCACCUGCUUUCAGGAUUCAGAUCAGAGCGCUUUCUGUGCUCAACAACACCGAUACAAACUCCACAUACAUACUGAUUCGGGAUGUGGAUGCCUUAAAGACGACCAUCUUCAGAGGGACUCGGCUCUUCCUGUGGAGCUCCUCGGGAAGCAGGGCUGAAGUGGAAUUCCAUGGGGAGUACCAGCAAAUCAAGGGCAUGUUCAGGGUCGAGUAUUCAUACAUGAACCCUUCUGAAGAACAACCAGUGUAGUCUGUAAGAGAGCUUCUGGUCCAUAAAGAGCCUUGGAGCAUUUAAAAAUCAUCCUCGUUAUAAUUUAGCCAGUUUAGCACAACUGAUUCAGAACAGUUGAUAGGAUUUAUUAACUUUAUAUCAAAGAUAUAAUCAUGUGUUUUUAAUAUCAUUUAAAAACAAAAAUCAGACAAUUUACUGUUUAUAUAAGUGCUUCUGUAUAUUGAUUGUAAUGAGUUAAUCUAUGUGAACUGACAAUAAUGUGUCUAGCCUACUGCUAAUCUAUCAGCACAAAAUAAACAAUCAUAAUUUUUUGAUAUUUAAGUGAUUUAGAAAAAGUCCAUAUGGCUCUAAAUUUAGCAUAACAGUCCUACUUACCAUUUGUGAAACUACCGUGGAACUUUUAUAAGUAUACUUCGUUUUUACGUGUACAUUUGUGUAUGUGCAGUCGAACGGACAGACUUUCAAAGUGUACUCCAUUUGAUAGCAUGUGCAAACAGGUGCUCGACACUGGAAACACAUGCACAUGUGCACUGGAAACAUUCAUCCUCUUCCAGUGUCUGCGCUUUUUCUUUCCAACAGUUAU